CUGCUGGCGCGGUGCAGGCUGGGAUAGCAGCCGGGGCUCCUGCGCCGCUCCGCUCCGUGCCGUGCGGUGUCCCUUUCUCUAGCGGUGCUUCUCUCCCGAGCGGCAGCUCCCUCCUUCCCACCGGCACCAUGGCGAUGCAAGCGGCUAAGCGAGCCAACAUCCGGCUGCCUCCAGAAGUCAACCGGAUCCUCUAUAUUAGGAACUUGCCAUACAAAAUCACAGCGGAGGAAAUGUAUGACAUUUUCGGGAAAUAUGGGCCGAUUCGACAAAUCAGAGUUGGAAACACUCCUGAAACUAGAGGUACAGCCUACGUGGUUUAUGAGGACAUCUUUGAUGCCAAAAAUGCUUGUGAUCACCUGUCAGGAUUCAACGUGUGCAACAGAUACCUUGUCGUUCUGUACUAUAACGCAAACAGGGCAUUCCAAAAGAUGGACACAAAGAAGAAAGAGGAACAGCUUAAGCUUCUCAAGGAAAAAUAUGGAAUUAAUACAGACCCACCAAAAUAAAUUGAUCUUUUUGGAAAACUUCUAAGCUCUGCUCAUGAGUUCAACUGUUCUUGAGCUCUGCUGUGGAGUUCUUGAACUAAAUGCAGGAAUCCUUAAUGAAGCCUUACAAAUCUUUUUUAAAGUUCUAAUUUUAAUCUGUAGAUCUUCACAUUAGAAGUAAAUAAGUGUAAAACAUCAGAAGAUCUGCUUUAAAUGGGCAUCGUGGUUUUAAGGGUGACCAAGUAUAUGCUGCAUAACCACAGCCCUGUUUCUACCAGGACCUUUUAAGACAAACUGGUUGGGUGUUUCAUGCCCCUAGUUAAUCCAAGAGCUCAAGGAGCUCUGACCUACCUACAUAAGCUGAGGUAAAUGUCACUUCCUGCUUUCUGAAAAUGGAGUGUUGCAACUAGUCUCCUUGCACAGGGAUUUCUGUGCUUUUUAUUAGAGCAUGGUUUGAUACUUCUUCACACCUGUGUGUUGCACACAGAGUACUGCACAUUUCUCCCUCCUGGAAUGCUUAAAGGAGCCUGAGUCCAUUACACGAUCAUGAGGCUGCUUCUAGCAACAAAAUAAGCCCAAAUCCAUGCUUCUAAGAGUUUAUUCUACAAAGUGUAGAAAAUAUUCUUUUAAAGUGAUACAGCUGUCAAAUUGUCUUUUCCCCAGUGACAAGAGACAAAAUUGGUAAGAAGCAGUAAAAUAAUCUUGCUCUAAUAGUGCAUUUCUCUAGAGCUGACCUAAUGGAGAACAAAGGUCUUCUUAUAUGUCCCUGGUUUGUCUUGAGGUUAGCGUAGGAGUGACAGUAAUUCACACUUUUUAGUGUGAAGGAAAGAAUACCUGUCCAAAAUGAGACAGAUCAUGCUAUUUUUUGCUACCUGUAGUGUCUCAUUUUCUACUUGGUGUGUUUGAGCUGUAAUACAUUCCAUCGACAUAAAGGUUUAGAUGUGGGAUCUGGUAAAGAUUAAACAUGAGUUUGCUUUUCAGCACUCAUGCUGUGAAUAAAAAUUAGUGUGCUACAGGGUGUGUAUAACCAGUGUAUUUUGGAAGUGGGAAGAACUGAUACCUGCCUCUGUUCUGAAGCAGAUGUUAGUCACUUGGACGCUGUCGGGUGUCCUGCCUUGGGAGGAUUUACUUAGAUGUGAUGUCUUACUCCCUGAGCAGACAGGCAGAGGUCAUUUUGGGGGAGAAGCAAACAUAUUUUGAGGAUUUGUAAUUUAAGCUUUUUUUUUUUCUUUAAGUGCAUUGUGCUGUCAUAAAGGAAUGUUUCUUUUUUUUGUCAUUAGAUUUCCAUUGAAACCUGUCAGAUAUGAACUAAUGCUGUUCUUUCGUCUGUUUACUUAAAUAAAUGUGUCUACAUAGUUCUGCUAUUUUUAA